ACGAAGAGUCGAAAAUGAAGGAACAAAAAGUUUCCGAGAUAUUCCUUCAGAGCUCAAGGAACUACAGGCUCAGUUUUCCAACCAAUCCAAAUAGCCACAUGAGAAGGAUAAAAAACGAGGAAAUCACGAUGCAGAAAUUAUACCAACCGAGAAUUUCACCAGAAAAUACGAAAAUCUUCAAAUUCAGCAGGAAUCUACAAGAAGAGGUGAUAUACGAGUGUUCAGAAGAGUCCAAUAGUCUGACUGUUUUCCACAAUCCAAUCUAUUCUACGGACAACGUGAAAUACUACGAUUUUAGGACAAACCAUUUGAAGAAACCAGGAGAUUUCUUGGAGAAAAUCGAGGUUGGUAAAGAUAGUACAGUGAGGUUCUCCAGCAGGAGGUCUAGGAGGUACAGGAUCAAGACGGAGAAGUACAUUAUACAGCACAUAAGAGUGAGAUUCAUGUUAGCUAUAGGGAAAAAAACUUUGGGCUUGAAGAUGGGUUAUAAAAGAUUGAAACCCGAUCGCUCGAAAGUGAAAGGAGAAGGAGACAAUCGGAAUUUGUACGAGAGUAUAGCGAGAACGCAUUAUGAGCAGAGAAAGAUCGGAAAUGGGAGGGUCUCACUGAAAAUUCAGAACUUGAGAUACGGUCGACUGAACGUGUUACGUUGGUUGCUGUGGGAAGCACAGAACCAUAACGAGAUGCCCGCUCUGGAGCGAUCAUCGACGAACAUAACACUCGCGCUACACUAUGCAGCCGCUAGAGGGUGCCUGGAUUGUGUUAAGCUGCUGGUGGACUCCACACCGGACCUUAGUGCUAACACACAGAUGGACAAUGACGUAACGCCAGUAUACUUGGCUGCUCAAGAAGGCCAUCUGGAUGUUCUCAAAUUCCUCGUACUUGAAGCUGGUGGUUCCCUCUACGUCCGCGCCAAAGAUGGCAUGGCCCCAAUCCAUGCAGCAAGUCAGAUGGGCUGCUUGAAUUGUGUCAAAUGGAUGAUUCAAGAUCAGGGAGUAGAUCCAAAUCUUCGAGAUGGCGAUGGUGCUACACCUCUUCAUUUUGCUGCUUCCAGAGGUCACCUAACUACUGUCCGAUGGCUAUUGAAACAUGGUGCAAGACUUUCGCUGGACAAAUACGGAAAAAGUCCCAUAAACGAUGCCGCAGAGAACCAGCAAGUCGAGUGUUUGAAUGUUCUGGUCCAACAUGGAACAAAUGUGGAUUACAAGGAUAGUGAACGACAUUCCAAACAUGGAUGUUCUUGCACCAAGAAGAGUGGAGCAGUGAAGAGGGCACAUCACACCCUAAGCAUGUCCAAUGCAGACUGCUCUUGUUGCAAGCCUCUCCAAGUGGUUAAUGGAACAGAGAACCGUGAUAACAACACCAGAAAAGAAGAGAACGAGUAUUCGAACGGAAAUGAAUGCAGUUCCAACAGUUCCAAAUCAGAGCCUUUUUAUCUUCAUCCACCAGUCGAGAAUAGGCUUGUCGAGUCGCCUCAUGCUCCCCAAGAUGGCCUGUAUAUCAACCCUAUGAACAGUCAUAGACAAAGUGCUCCCAGUAUAUCAGAAAGCUGUUCCAGUGGAAGCCUCAAUGGUGAAUCCUUCUACCUUCAUAACCCACAUGAAGUUAUCUACAACAGAGUGAAGGACCUAUUUCAGGAGCAGAAUCAUAAGCAGCAAAGCAAGAAGCAGCAUCUUUCUGCCCUCACUGUGAAAGUUGAAGUGCACUCCAGCAGCAGUGGAGCGGGAUCAGACGGAAACCUCAGCUCGUCAGAAAUAUCGGAGAGGUCGGGCGACCAUGACCACGAAUACGAGGACAUAUACAUGGUGCGAGAGGAAACGCUGAAUCAGGAACCCAAGAGAAAUCCGACAAUGGUCGAAAAAACGGGAACCCAAAGAUCCAGGUCCAGGGACAGCGGGUCCCAUAGUCGAUCUGGCUCAGCCAGCUCCUCGAAUUCAGGUUGUAACGUGAUAUUGAAAGUGGCACCUACUUCCAACAACAACGAUACAUCUAAAAGGGACAAAAAGGAGAUCGGUAAACUCAACGAAUUUCUUCCGAAACCGCAGAAAUAUGAGAAGGCUGACAAGGCUAAGAACAACAAAAAGGAAUGGAACGAGAGUGGAGUGAGUUCCUCGCCAUCUGUAUUGAGUUCCGAAGAAGAGGCUGAGAAGACAAAGCUAGGCGUGCGUCACUCGGUACCUAUCAAUACGACAAAGGCAAAUGACAGUGAAAUGCAGGAGAGUAAACUUUUGAAGAGGGUCACCUCCGUACCAACUAUUUCGCCGCCUCCACCUCCUCCUCCACCACCAGCCAACGUUAAGUUGAUGACCCAGCCCAGGAUGACUAUCGAUGAUGAGGAACCGCGGGGUGCAGAAAUAGUGGAGGUGUGUGAGGAACCCACGGUCAGACCUUCGGACGUAGUCAAAGGAAUGGUUAGAAGUAUAUCUGCCCUGUCGUCUCGAAGACUGAACUCAUCCUGUUCCGAUUUGACCAUCGUCAGUUUGGGGACGGACACCGAAGACCGAUCCUCGAUUUCGGGUCCCAACUUGGUGAACAAACAGCGUGUGCUGCCGUUCGUGCCUCCAGUCUUUCCGGGCACCAACUCGAACUCCAACCACCUGAUCAAACCCUCGGAGUACCUCAGGAGCAUCAGCGACAAGAGGUCCCUGAACGGAAGCAUGCGCAGCAAGUCCGAGAGCGAGGAAACCUUCCCGGUUGUGGAGGAGCAGAGGACGAAUGGACCUCCACCCCCGCCACCACCUGAGCCCAAGUUCGACGAGGAGCAAUACCAGGAAGAAAAGGAGAACCGGAGGAAGGGACAACAGCCCUUGUCCGCCAUCAGCAUACAAGAUCUGAAUUCGGUGCAGCUCAGGAGGACGGAUAAAAUGGUCGCCUCGAAAACCUUCUCAGCCCCAACGAGAUCUGUCAGCCUGCAGAGUCUACAGUGUGAGCCUUUCGCCUCAGCCAAGACUGAUCUGAUUGCUGAGCUGAAGAUGUCGAAGAAUAUCCAUGGCAUAAAGAAGAUGAAGUUGGAACGCGCCAAGAAUGAAGUGUACAGGGAGAAGGAGCUGUAUUCGGAGAUAUCGAAGCAGUUUUCAGCCACGAACUUCGUUGAAAAAAUUCCUGACAAAGAUAAUACGGGAAAUUUAAUACCAGCGUGGAAACGUCAGAUGCUCGCUAAAAAGGCUGCGGAAAAAGCGAAAAAGGAACUGGAAGAACAACUGCUUAGAGAAGCAGAAGAAAAAAGACUUCAAGCAAUACCGGCAUGGAAGAGACAACUUCUAGCUAAGAAAGAAGAAACAGAUAAUAAAAUUAAAUCAACGAUAUACACACCAAAAGUGGUCGAUAAAACCCAGGAAAACCACCCGAGCACCCACGAAAACCAUUCAUUGAACUCGAGCACGGAAAUUAACAACAACAAUAAUAACAAGGACGAAUACAUAAAAGAAGACUUCAAUAACAACAACAUGGAAAACUGUAAAAAUAUGGAAAAUCUGAACACAUCCUCCCUGGACUCAAAAGAACAAUCAGAUGAAGAGGCCAAUAUUAUACCUUGGCGUGCCCACUUGAGGAAAACGAAUAGUAAAUUGAACCUCUUAGAUUGAUAAGUUCGAUAUAUUAUACUUAUAUUAUUUAUUUUUAUUAGUAAUGUGUCACAUAUAAUAAGCCAUAUAUCAUAUAUGGCCGCCGGUGUUUACUCACAUAGGAAAUCUUUUUUUCCAGAGAAAAAUUCGAAUAUAUAAACAAUAUUCUCAAAUCUAGUGCCUUCGAUGCUGGAGAAUUGAAUACAUUUUGCAUUUAAUUCUCAAAACGUUGAACGGCUUGAAAUGUCCGUGUUCAAUACAGGACUUUCAAAUAGGCCAUCUAGCCUUAGUAGAAAAUAAUUAGAAAGAUAUUUUGAAAGAAAAAUUAUAUGUUAUAUACGUCUUCCUAUAGAAUUAUCUACAUCUUCUUGAAAACUUUUUUUUACUUAGAGAUUCAUAUCUCAAGAAAAUUUUGCUUCCUACCCUUAAAAUAAGGUACUUACCAAACUACUUAAAUAAUAAAUACCAACAUUGUCAGUGUCGAAAUAUUCCUACAAUUUCCAUUCUUAUUCCUAUUUUCAUAUGUUAUAUUUUUACAUAUUUAUAAGAACGUCAAUAUAUUGUGAUUUUCAGAAAUGAUCAUAUUUUGUUUAUAUUAUUAUAAUUAUUAUUUUUUUGGAUAAGUAAUAAGGAGAGAAUGUGUGUAUUUUCGAUUGAAUGUUGAUCAUUGUGUAAAUAUUUACUACACGUGUGGAAAUAUAUUGCGAUCUAUCCAUAAGAAAAUUGUGUUAUAUUCAAAUGUAAAUUUCGUUUUCGUCAUACAGUAUUUACAGGAUUCGUUAGAAAAAGCUUUUCGAAUAUAACGGUGGGGGCUGAGCAAUAUUCCUUGAUUCAGAUAAAUUUGUCAACACGUUAAUGCCGAAUAAAAAUAAAAUUUAA